AUGACCCAAAUAAGAGCACCAAUACCAUCCUCGUCUUUGCCCAUCAGCAAUCGACCACGAAUCCGUGACCUGGGUUAUAGCCCGGGCAAGUUUACACCAGGACCCAAGAACUCAAUCCUCGAUGUGCCCGGCGUUCAUGUCGGCCAGAUAACUGUCCAUGAAGGCACCGACAUUCACACGGGGUUGACCGUCAUCUUGCCUCGCGGAGCAAAAGACACUCGGCUCAAGCCUUGUUAUGCGGCAACCCACGAUCUCAAUGGGAUGGGCGAGUUGACGGGAUCUCAUGCUCUUGCUGAAUAUGGAUACAUCAACAUACCAAUCGCAAUCACAAACACCGUCAGCGUAGGCAAAGUCUACGACGGCCUCUUCCUCUGGGACAUGGAGCAGGCCCGCAAAAACGGCGAGGACGACAUCGAAAGCCUGCGCCGCUUCUCCAUCCCCGUCGUCGGCGAGACCUACGACGGCCUCCUCAACGACAUCAGCGCCUCCGUGCUGGACAAGGCCUCCGUCUACGAUGCCAUUGCCGCCGCCCAGACGCAGACGGAGGUCUUGGAGGGUAAUUACGGCGGCGGCACGGCGAUGCGCUGCCAUGGAUACAAGGGCGGGACCGGCACCAGCUCGCGCGUCGUCCCUGGUGCGGAGCGUGAUUACACGCUUGGUGUUUUGGUGCAGGCAAACCAUGGCCAGAAGCCGGAUCUGAGGAUCGGUAACGUGCCUGUUGGCGAGUUGCUGAUGGCGGAAGAGGCAGAGUCUAGGGGGGAGACUGCAAAGGCAGACAAAGGCUUGCCCGUUGGGGGCAAGGCGGCUGAAGGCAGUCAAACGGACGCACCUUUGUUGCCUCAUCAACUGCGACGUCUCGCGCAGCACGCCGGCAUGGGCAUCACUCAGGUGGGAGGCCACUCGGCAGGACGAAACUUUUCCGGAGAGAUAUCCCUCGCCCUAUCUACGGGGACAUCGCCGGACCAACUCGCGACUUCAUCCGACGGCUUUGGAUAUCUGCCACCACUGGAAAGCCAGCCCGUAGAGACUCUCAAGAACGAAACCAUAGACAGUCUUUUCUAUGCGGUGUCAGAGACGACGGAAGAAGCCAUCUUGAACGCCAUGUGCAAGGCUGAGACGUUGGUAGGCUUCAAGGGAAGGACUACGACGGCACUGCCGGUUGACAGAGUGCAAGAGCUGCUGAAGAAGUAUGGAGUUGGCUUGAGAAAAUGA